ACUAUUGCAGAACAUAAGCUAUUUUAGUGAAUUGGGAUUUUGGGUAUAAACAAACCGAACCGAACCAAAAUGGGUAGAAUCGAAAUUGGAAUCUCUGCUUCCUCUGUGUCUGCUUCUACAUCUAGACGAUGAACGAUUCACUGGGCAGAGUCCAAUAACGCAGGCAGAGCAUACAAGAAAAGAAUAGAUGGGUUCGGGUUCGGGGUCCGAUUCCAAUGGAUGGAACCGUGCCCGAGGCUUGGCGGUUAAGACUCUGCUACUCAUUGGUGGUGCACUUCUUGUCAAGCGACUGCGCAAGUCCACCACGCGCUGGGACCAUGCUCAUUUCGUCUCUAAGGCCCUCACCGGCCAAAAGUAUUCAAAGGACCAAGCUUCCAGAGACCCUGAUAACUAUUUCAAUAUUAGAAUGCUUACAUGCCCCGCCGCAGAGCUAGUGGAUGGUUCCAAGGUGUUGUAUUUUGAACAGGCUUUUUGGAGGAGUCCACAAAAACCCUUUCGGCAGAGGUUUUUUAUGGUGAAACCUUGUCCGAAAGAGUUGAAAUGUGACGUUGAGGUAUGUGCAUAUGCCAUUAGAGACAUGGAGGAGUACAAAAAUUUCUGUGAUCGGCCAAGGGAUCAGCGUCCACAGCCAGAAGAAGUCAUCGGGGAUAUUGCAGAACAUUUGACAGCGGUACAUCUUAAGCGUUGUUCACGCGGAAAACGUUGCUUAUAUGAAGGUUCAACCCCACCUGGUGGAUUUCCUAAUUCAUGGAAUGGAGCAAGCUACUGUACUUCAGAACUUGCAAUUAUGAAGAACAACGAGAUACACACCUGGGAUAGGGGUUAUGAUGACGAUGGAAAUCAAGUCUGGGGACAGAAAGAAGGCCCUUAUGAGUUUAAGCCUGCACCAACCUCCAGUUUUAAUGAUAUGUUUUCUCCCUUGAACUUCCCCCCUCCACCGUCCAUGGAAAGAAGAAUAGAGGGCUCAUUUGUUUUGCAAGAAUGAAAGCGUUCCAAACUACAUUGUGUAAUUCUGCUAUUCUAGCUGUAUGUCAAUGUAAUUUCAUUCUUGUUAGUCUGCACUACAUUGUCAAUAUUCAGUCACAUUUUAUCCCGGUUAGUGUUAAAGGUAUAGUGAAAUAAAGAGAUGCCUUGUUAGAUCCUAUGUUUGUAUUAGA